AUGCUUCCGUCACCUCAAGAUACUGGUCUCGUAUCCACUCAAGAGAGCUCUCGCACCCCAACGGCAGAGCCACUUACCCCUGCCACUCCCAAGACUCCCAGCUUCAGAAGGCCAUUCCUUCCAGCUAGUGCCACCAAAGACAGUAUUGCGGUUGCUAGGGGUGUUCGGGCUGGGUCGCAGGUAUCUACUUCUACGCCUACUAAUCGCGCCUCGAGUGUUUCGCAAAGUCAACGUGAUGCGUCAGUCGUAUCACAGACAUCUUUCUCUUCCCGUUCAGGCAGAGGCAAGCGGAAGGUGGUUGACCUCAGCAGCGAUGAGGAGAGUGACUAUGCCCCGCCGUCUGAUGAUGAGGAGCCUAGUUCCCCUGUCAUGAUGGACGAUGUUCCUGAACCUGUGAAGAAACAGACAUCUAGGCCGGCGACCAAGAAGGCUAAACUUCCUCCGCCACUACCACCAGCUUUAGCAUCAAAGGGUGUGUACAACAAGGGAAAAAAUGGCUUUGGCUUCACGAGCUUGCAGAAAUCGAAACCCAAGGUUAACAACCAAACUGAUGCGGCAUUACCGACCACCCCACCGCGUGUGCCCAACAGAAAGCCUCAGCCGACGACACCAUCUACACCGACACCUGCGUCUCAGAGGUUUAAAAACGUCACGUUAAAGACUCAAGGAGCAACAGUAUCGCGCUCACCUCGAAAGGCCAAAAUUGACGCGUCUGCAAAGAUCACCCAACUUAGCGAAGCCGAAUUAGAAACUCGGACCAGCAUUGCUAUUGACGAGGCGAACCAGCGCGAGAGAGCAACAGCCGAAGCUGGAAUUUUCGAGCAAGUCAGAGGUGGCAUGCGGGCCAUGUCCAUCACACCCGCGCCUAGCACCGCUGGCAACGCUGCAGAGGACGUGGAAAUGCUGGCUGACGUCUCAGACUCCGAAAUCGCAUCCCCAAAACACGGCGCUGGAUUGAUUUCAUGGACAGAGUCUCGCUUCAAUGGCGACAGGUAUCUUGCCAAGUCCCGCGCUGCUCGACCCAUAGUGGAAGACGACUCGGACGACUACGAUGACCCGGACAUCAGUAAGUACAGCGUCAUCGACGGCGUUAUUGUGCAUGAGGCGGAUCGGGAGAGACUGAGACUGACGCAAGAGCAGGAAAGGCUUACGAGAUCAAGAGGGACAGACGGUGGCAGUCGCGCACGUGUAGUGACCGCAGUUGAGAUGCCGGAGCAUGCCCAGGGUAUGACCGGGCAGAGUGGAAGGCGCGCAAGAAAGACUAUGAGGUGA